AUGGUAGUUGUCAAAGAAUGGAAAAUUAAAUCACAAAGAAGAAAUCUUACAAUUGUGGUGGAGUUUAUUCUUCUGGGAUUUUCUGACCUACCCAAACUCCAAGGGGUUCUUUUUGGAAUUUUCUUAAUCAUGUACAUGAGUAUCCUGUUAGGGAAUGGUCUCAUCAUUAUAAUAACCAAGACUGAUCCAAGUCUUCAAACACCCAUGUACUUUUUUCUUGGAAAUUUUUCCUUCUCGGAAAUAUGCUACACAUCAGUUACUCUCCCAAGAAUGAUGAUGAACCUUUGGACCAAGAAAAGAAAUAUUUCCUUCUUGAACUGUGCUCUACAGCUUGGAUUCCUACUUAUUUUAGGAGGCACUGAGUGUUUACUCCUGGCUGUGAUGGCAUAUGACCGCUAUGUGGCCAUUUGUAAGCCUCUCUACUACUCGCUCAUUAUGAACUCCAAGGUGUGUACCCAAUUGGUUCUUGGCUCAUGGUUCAGUGCAAUGCCUAUAUUGAUAGCACAGACAUAUCAGAUUUUCUCUCUGCCUUUCUGUGGAUCUAAUAUACUCAAUCAUCUUUUCUGUGAUAUGCCCCCAUUACUGAAGCUGGCCUGUGGUAAGAAAUUUAUUAAUGAGUUCUUUAUCUAUGCUGAUGCUGUGGUGUUUGCUAUGGUUCCAUUUCUUUUGAUCCUUGGGUCCUAUAUAAAAAUUAUAACUACCAUUCUGGAGAUGCCCUCAGCCACUGGGAGAUAUAAAGCCUUUUCCACUUGUUCCUCCCACCUCAUAGUAGUAGUCUUAUUCUUUGGAUCAGCUAUCAUCACAUAUUCAAUACCCAAGUCUAGUAGUUUGUCAGGCGUAGACAAAGUGCUCUCUCUUUUCUACACCAUUGUGACACCAAUGUUUAACCCCCUGAUUUAUAGCUUAAGGAACAAGGAUGUCAUUGCUGCCCUGAAAAAAUUAUUACCUAAAGGGCUUAUAUCAUGA